AGUUUGGAGUUUAAAACGAAGGAUGAGGAGCAACCAAUAGCUUUCCAACAUCAAUAUAAACUAAAAAGAUGCGGGUGCCGUCCUCCUUGAGUCGAGUGCCGGACGAAAGCCUCCCUUUCUCGUCUAAAAAGCCUCCACGUAGCCGCCCUUCUCACAGGGACGUCCAAUCCAAUGCCUCUCAUUCUUAUUUCUUUCUUUGUCUCCAUUUCCUCCUCCUCCUCCUACUACUACAUUCACUCUCUACUUAGUCCAUCAUCUCUCUCUGAAUAAUUCUACCUGUUAGCUAUUAUUAUCCACCUUACAAGCUCACUUCUUCUCUUUUUUUGAAGGGUUGGGGGGAUUUUAGAGAGGAAGAUAUCAUCAUCAUCAUCAGUUAGGAGAGAGAGAGAGAGAUGGGGUCGGGGGAUUGGGGACCGGUGGUGAUAGGGGUGGUGCUGUUUGUGGUGCUGACGCCGGGACUGUUGUUCCAGCUCCCCGGUAAAAGUCGAGUGGUGGAAUUCAAUAACAUGCAGACUAGCGGGGUGUCCAUAUUGGUUCACACCAUCAUCUUCUUCGGCCUCAUCACCAUCUUCCUCAUCGCUAUUGGCGUCCAUAUCUCUUCCGGUUAAAACUCAAAUCAAUUAUAUAUUAUUCUCCAUCUCUGUUUCUUGUUGCUUAAUUCUACUUUCACUUCCUCCCUCCCUCUCUCCCUCUGCAAUUUUUUGUUGCCAGAGGGCUUGGUUGGUUGGUUUUCUUUUGUAAUUUUUCCGGGAGUUGUUACACGAGACCGUUUGAAUAUCUUUUACUUAGCUUCUCUUUUGUAAUUCUUGUUAAUAGGAUUGAUGCUUUGUUUGCUCAUUUGGAAGUAGUUAUUGGAUUUUGAUCCUUUCCAUCA